AUGAGUUGCUUAUCUUACUUAACACACUUAUUGAACCAUUUCAAUUCUGAUGUCCUACUUGGUGGUUUUCAUAAAAAAUGUUUGGACACCGCCUCUACUGCCCUUCGUCCCUAUAUCCUUCCUUGUCUACCUGGUUACCUAAGGCUUGAUGUGAAGGGGACAAAAGACAUCACUACAAAGGGUGCCAGAGAGAAACUCCUCAAAGCUUUGGUGGACAGUGCCUUAGAAAGUGACCUAGCCAGAAAUUGGACCGGAAGCUUACCAAGAGUUGCAACUUUGCACGGAGCCUACCGUCGUCCAACCAUAAAAGACAAAGAUGUUGUGCCCCAUUCCUUCACCUUUAUCUGUCGACAAAGUAUGCCAUCUUCACUACUGGACGAGGCAAACCAACGUUUGCCCUCUUGGUAUGAGAGACAUGACAGCGACGUCUUUUGCCUUAUCAAGGCGUUUGUGAGCGCUGAAAACUUUGACGAUGGCAAUGACAGCGGUAGUGACCAAGAUGCCCCCAGCUUGGCACCUUUGAAGACCCGGUUGAUUAAUGCUAUGGAAGAGGUGACAUCCAUUGGCAAUAUGGGUAAGUUUAUCGACUCAAAGUUCAACGUGGACGAUGGCACCAGACGGCGGUUUGCCAAGGUAAUGCUGGACCUCUUUGCCUUGCCAGAGGUUGCUGAGUGUGUGCGUAAGAAGUUUGAAACUUCUGCGCCGCAAGUCCUGACACAUGUUCCUGUGGCCUCGCGUGCUGGGGUGUAUGUGAACCCGUUCCACCUUGACAUGGGGGAAGGCGCGAAGUUCGGCCACAUUGGCAAAUGGCCGAGCAAUGUGGCCAUCAGGACUCACUUUCCCAGUGUUGUGCAGAGGGGAUUUGAAACCGAAAGGGAGCCGCUGGAGAUCAAAUUUCCUGAGGACCUGUUUGGUACAGGAAAGGAGGUCCCACACUUUUCAGUUCAAUACGUUGAUGGACAUGGGAAAGCCAUUAUGGUCCUCGCUGUGUUCGCGUUGCUGGAUCACUUGGAAGUGACCCAUGAUGAGAUCAUUGCCGACAAGGACAUGAUCGAACUCAUUGCCUCCCUCAAGUACAUCCGCGUGAACUACAGCCACUUCACCACUCCGGAACAGUGUAUGUAUGAAGCAGUUCGAGUCAAGCGCCUCACCACGAGACGCGCUGCUGUCAGAGAUUUGCUCUCAAAGGCUAUCGCGGACUACAACAAACUGACUUCGAACAAGGCGUUCCGCAUCAAAGACGAUCUCAAGAAGGUGAUCUAUGGGGUUAUCCGUUGCCCAAGUGAGUUUCUGGAGACGUUGAAAGCAGCUUCAGACUUUUACAAGUGGGAACACGGAGCUUGGACGAUGGACAGCCUUGCUGAUGACUACUAUGUCCCUGGAACCUGCCUGUGCAGUCAGUCCGUGACAGACGACUGGUGGCGCCAGACCAAGGCCUUGCAUGGCCAAACGCAGUGUGUUCCUCCAACAAAAUCUGAGCUCAACUUCAAAGGUGUUAAUCAUUUAAUGAUAAAGCAGUGA